UAAGAAUGCGCCGAAAUCUAAUAUCCACAGAAGGUAAGGAGAAUUUUGGACUUCUCCUUUCUCCGGUGGACUUGGGAUUCUUCGUCGACGGGGACGACGACGGCUAAGGCUAAGGCGCACACUCCCUCUAAUUCACAGCUUUCCUCAUUGCUGCCGCAGCCACAUAAGCCUCUUUCGCUCCAUUUCUGUCCUUCGGCAAUCCUUCUCCCCUGUCACAUGAGCUCUGCUGCGGAAGAAGAUAAGGUUGCCGCCGCCUUUACCGAUUCCAAUUUCCCUCCGGCUGCAUGAGUUGGCAGGAACUCUGUCACUACAGGUAUUCUUUCAAGUGCGGCUGCCUGACGCAUUUGCUGAGGUUGAAGGAGCUCCAGCUCUUCCUGGUUUGGCUAUGGUCCGACUCGCUCUCUCAGAAUCUCUCGCUCCCAAUCUCCCCCUCCUCUCCGCAGCCAACGGCGCGGCGGUUUUAUCAUCACCGCCGCCUCGAAUAUGCUAUCGCGUCGCUGCUCGCCGUUGGUUGACUCCUGGUUUCCGGUCGCCUGCUUCUUGCAGGAUUAGGAAUUUUCAGUCAAAGUGUUCGAAUGUGAAUUCUGAUCUCCAGUUCAGCCAUGCCGUGGCUGAGGAUGAGUUCUUCACGAAUGAGGGUUCUUCGAUUCAGGGAGAUUUCUUGCCCCCCAUUGUACAGCUCAAUACUGAGAUUCUUGAGACUCCAAGCUUUGGAUUGUUGGUGGAAACAACUGAUGCGGAUGGACUUUUGUUGGCAUUGCCUGUUUUAUCCGAGGAAGAGCAGAAUGCUCUAGCAGCUACCCCGGCUCAUCCGGCUGGAUUAUAUGCAUUUUAUGCCAAUGUAGUAACUGGGAACAUCGUGGAACGUUUAUGGGAGUUUGCUUGGCCUUCUGCUAUCGCACUGCUUCAUCCGAGCCUUCUACCAGUGGCGGUCAUGGGUUUCUUUGCUAAGUGCCUUAAACAGUCGGCUUUACUUGUUGUGGGUCCUUUGCUUGGAAAAUUUAUGGACUAUUAUCCCAGAGUACCUGCAUAUAUUAGCCUCAAUGUGGUCCAGGCAGCUGCUCAGGUAUUGUCUGCUACGAUGAUAAUUCAUGCUCACACAAUGGCUACAACUUCCUCGUCUUCUGUUGUUCUCCGUCCAUGGUUUGCUGUGCUGGUUUUGGCUGGAGCUAUCGAAAAGCUAUGUGGGGUAGCAUUGGGGAUUGCUAAUGAACGUGAUUGGGUUGUGCAGCUAGCUGGGAUAAGUAGGCCCAUUGCACUCGCACAAGCAAAUGCUGUUCUUGGUAGGAUCGACAUGCUCGCAGAGAUAGCUGGGGCGUCAAUGUUUGGAGUUCUUCUUUCCAAAUAUGGUCCAGUUAUGUGCCUGAAAUUUGCUUCUACUUUGAUGAUUGGUUCACUGCCACUGAUGAUUGGGCUCACAUAUUUAACUAACAAGUUAUCAAGUGGGGUUCUAGACAAUACUAGAUCUUUCCAAUCUUGUAGCAGAGACUCCAGCGGUAGUCACCAUAUAGUGGAUAAAUGUUUGGAAACCAUCAAGCUUGGAUGGAAGGAAUAUAUUCAGCAGCCAGUUCUCCCUGCAAGCAUUGCCUAUGUGCUAUUGUGUUUCAAUGUUGUACUUGGUCCUACUUGUUUGAUGACAGCGUUUUUGACUCAGAGAGGUGUGAGUCCUUCGAUAAUUGGCGGUUUCACUGGACUCUGUGCUGCCAUGGGGGUUGUAGCAACAUUCCUUGCAGCCAAUUUGGUCAAGCGAUUAGGCAUUUUAAAGGCUGUAGCUUUUGGAUUAAUAUUCCAGGCUUCAUUACUUCUCAUGGCUGUUACAGUUUAUUGGAGUGGAUCUCUCUCGCACCAGAGUUCUAUCAUUUUCUUCUUGGGCUUAAUUGUACUAUCAAGGUUGGGACACAUGUCAACUCAAGUUGCAGGGGCACAAAUUCUCCAGACAGGGAUCCCAUCAUCGAAAGCAAACCUGAUAGGGAUAACCGAGGCAUCAGUCGCAAGCUUGGCGGAGUCGUUGAUGCUCGGAGUGGCGAUAUUAGCAAACGACGCUUCCCAUUAUGGCAUGCUGGCAUUACUCUCGGUGACAGCAGUCGUUGGUUCGGCUUGGAUUUUCUGUAGAUGGGCGAUGAAUCCAACUCCUGAACAAAGGCGGCUCUUCUCUUCCUAACCCCCACUCCUUGAUUCCUGAAACAAAAUGUAAGUAUUAUAGGCAGCGACAUUGUUUAUUCAAAUACUGGGAAGAAAGCUCCCUCAAUUCAUGUGUAGGCACCACACACUCUUUGCUCUCACAGCUAUCUAAGAUCAGAAAAGAAAAAGGGUUCAAUUUCGGAACUGGAGUGUUGAAUGUAAUCUACACAAAGCAAAAGUCAGAUUCUUCGCGAGAGCUCUGCGCGUAUCACUAAAGAUACAUGUAUGAGUUAUUAGGGGUACAUUUUUUUGAAAGUUGUUCAUUAAGAAAACGAUCGG